AGAUGGACACCUUCAGCACUAAGAAUUUGGCUCUCCAAGCUCAGAAAAAGCUGCUGAGCAAGAUGGCCUCCAAGAACGUGGCCAGCAUCUUCAUCGACGACACCAGCAGUGAGAUCCUGGAUGAGCUCUACCGGGUCACCAAGGAAUUCACGCACAACCGCAAAGAAGCCCAGAAGGUCAUCAAGAACCUGAUCAAGAUCGUGGUCAAGCUGGGCGUCCUGUACCGCAACAAGCAGUUCGGUGUCGAAGAGCUGGUCCUGAUGGACCGCUUCCGUAAGAAGGUCCACACCUUGGCCAUGACGGCGGUCAGCUUCUACCAGGUGGACUUCACUUUUGACCGGCGGGUCAUGUCCAACAUGCUCAAUGAAUGCCGUGACCUCCUCCACCAAGCCGUCAACACUCACUUGACCGCCAAGUCCCAUUCUCGCAUCAACCACGUCUUCAACCACUUUGCGGACUACGAGUUCCUCUCCGCCCUCUACAGCUCUUCAGAGCCCUACCAGUCCCACCUGCAACGGAUCUGUGAAGGGCUGAAUCAAAUGUUGGAUGAAGGCAACAUCUGAAGAACCAGAUGUGUUAUCUUUCCAAGACUCAACGGCGGACUCCUUGGCUUAGGGUUUUCCCCAUACCUCCGGAUCUGCUUUGGACCCAAUGGAGUGGUUAUUUUAAGAAUGAGAUUGUGGUGUGUGGUUGGUUUUUUUUAGUUGUGGACUGUUUCAAUUUAGGGUUUUCCCACUGUCCUCUCUUCACGGUCUCCAAGGAACGAAAGGCGGGCGGG